AUGAUCAAGGAUUCUUAUCUCGUUGUUGGUGGAUCAGGAUUCCUUGGCAAUCACAUUGCAGAAACACUGCACAAACGCGGCGACACAGUUUUCGUUACGGAUUUAGUACAGAGGCAUUCAAACGCAAUUGAAUUUCAUAGUGCAGAUCUCACCGACAAGGAUGCUCUACACGCCCUCAUUGCCAAGCUCAAGCCUAGCUGCGUUAUACACACUGCAUCACCCAUCCACGGCCUCAGCCAGGAUAUCUACCAAGCCGUGAACGUUGAUGGUACUGCUAACCUUCUCGAAGCCUCACGCACAAACAACGUACGUAAAUUUAUCUUCACCUCUUCCGCAGGCACCGUAUAUGACGGCGGUGACCUGAUCGAUGUCGAUGAACGCUGCCCAUAUCCAACCAAAGCUAUGGAUGCUUAUAACCAGACCAAAGCGGAUGCCGAGAAACUCGUUCUCAACGCCAACAAUGACGAUGAAGGUGCCAUGCGCACUUGCGCUAUCAGACCUGCCGGUAUUUUCGGCCCGGGAGAUAGACAAGUCCUCGCUGGUCUAAUAAAGGUCGUCGAGAACAACCAAACCAAGUACCAAAUCGGUAACAACGAAAAUCUCUUCGAUUGGACUUAUGUGCAUAAUGUCGUACACGCUCACCUCCUCGCUGCUGAAAAACUCUUCAACGCACCAGUCGAUCCUAGUAUUUUCACGGAGAACAUCGGUUUUGUUGAUCCUACGCAGAAUGACAUCAAAGUACCUACAUCCAGAUCAAGAAACGUCGGCCCUCACCCAACAAGAGAUGUUACUGGAGAUGAGAAACAGAGUGCAUUAAUGUACAACAAGGGCGUAAAAGAAUCCAAGCCACUAGUUAGAACUAAAUUCGACCAAUUUAUCGAUCCAUCCAAGCCAGAAAUUGCUUCCGCACUUAAAGUAUCAGGUAAUGCCUUCUUCAUCACAAACGGUGAACCCAUCUAUUUCUGGGAUUUCCCAAGAGCGGUUUGGAAAGGUAUUGGUCAUAUCCCUCCUCAGCCCACCGUCUUCUCCUCAUCCCUCGGUUACUUCCUAGGCGCUGCCGCUGAAGUUUUCGCUUGGUUUAGCGGUCGUGAGGCUGGUUUCACCAGAUAUAGAGUUAAUUACGCAUCCUCAUACAGAUUUUUCAACAUUGAGAAAGCCCGCCGCGUACUCGGCUAUGAGCCUGUUGUUGGUCUUGAAGAGGGUAUUCAAAAUACGUUGGAUUGGUAUAAAUCAACUCAAAUCAAAUCGUAA